AUGACUGGCCAGAGGGCUCAUCAGCUUCCCGCCACCGCCGGCGACCCCUCCUCCGCCAGCGCCGCCGCCACCGCCACCGCUUCCGCUGUAAGGAGACGAGAGGCCAGUCAUCGUGGUCGGUGUAGGACUCUGCUGAUCACCGUCCUUGCUCGCCAUGUCGGCCAGGGACCAGAUCCUCGGCUUCGUGGUGACGACCCCGCUGCCGGUGGACGAGGCGGUCGUCGUGGUCGGCGGAAGAUGAUGACUACUUGGUGGCGUGCUUUCCGGGGACGGGUGGCGCAACAGUCGGCCGUGCGAGGACGCGAGGUACGCCGGAUGCUGAAGCUGCAACGGAUGCCUCGGCUCCCUCUGGUCGUAGAGGCACUCCGGGCUGUCGGGGCCGCUGUCGGCUCGCGACUCGCUCCAUUCGCUCUCGGUUCUACCUUGGACACCGGUGGACCCAGCGCUGGUGCCCAGAAGGCGUCUCCGCGCGUUCGCGAACCACGUGGACACUUGGGUCAACGUCAUUUUCGUUAUGAUGGCCAACAUGAUCUUCUCGCCCUUCGUUGGGUACGGGUUCUUCUUAUGCUCGUUCAGCCAGGCCUUCAGCGUACUCGUGGUCUCCCGCGUCGCGUUUUUUCGCCGGGCACCGUUCAGAUCCAUCCCGUAACUGAAACAGAAGGAAUACCGCCACAUCGUGAGGCAGAGGGAGGAGGAAGAAACGAGAGAAGAAACGAAGAAGAAGAAGAAGAAGAAGAAGAAGAAGAGGAAGAAGAAGAAGAAGAAGUAGAGAGGAAGAUGGCAAGCAAAGCCGCCGGUGGAAGCUCGUGUCGGGAAACUUAUCCAAUCAAUACAUUCCUCGUUGUUCCACGCUAUCGUAUCCUGCAUCCUGUCCUAUCCUAUCCAUCCGGCAAAAGCGUCGAGGAUCGAAGGCUCGUGCACGCGCGCAAAGAGAGCGAAAGAGUCGAGACGACGAACGGGAAGAGCGGCAACAGAGCGGGAAAAGCUGGAAGAGACGGAAGGUCGAGAGAAGGAAGCGAGAGGAGGUGGGCCGUACCGGUGAAACAGAGAGGAACAGGAAGAUAG